UAUAAGGCAGGAAUCAAGGAUCUGUUAGGAGGAGAAACUACCACCCAAGAUAAAGCAUAUUUAUUGAAGGACGAUUAUGGAACUAUUGAAUUUUUGUUGCAAGUAUUCAAAAAGUUGCCAAUUAAACCAAAAACCUACAAAAAACCAUAUCAUAUUACUUUAUGUUUUCGCGAGAAGGAUUAA